AUGGCUGAAACAGAGGAGGCGGUCAUUUUCCGGCGUAAUAUAGUAAAAGAAAACAAUAGUCUACCAAGUACUACGAAUGAUGCUGACGGGGAGCAAGAGUCUGAAACAGAUUCCAAAGACGUCAGGUUAACUUUGAUGGAAGAAGUUUUACUUUUAGGACUAAAAGACAGGGAGGGCUAUUUGUCAUUCUGGAAUGACAGUGUUAGUUGUGGACUUCGAGGAUGUAUACUAGUUGAACUUGGCCUGAGAAAUAGAAUUGGAUUAGAGCCGAGUGGGAUGCGUCGUAGAAGCUUGUUAUCCAGAUGUAUUGUUGUCAAAAAAAGUGUGCCUACAGGUGAUGCUCUACUCGACGAGGCUCUUAAGCAUAUAAAAGAAAACAAACCUGAAAAUACCAAAACAUGGAUCGAAUAUCUCAGUGGUGAAACAUGGAAUCCGCUUAAAUUACCACUUCAGCUGCGCAAUGUCAGAGAAAGAAUCGCCAAAAAUUUAGUAGAAAAACGUAUAUGCACAACAGAAAAACAGAAUUUCAUCCUUUUUGAUAUGAUGACACAUCCAUUGGUUGAUCUUGGCAGUAAACAACGCAUAGUGAAUCGUGUUCAAGAUGUUAUCCUUAACAAAUGGAGUACAGAUGUUCACAAGAUUGAUAAGCGUCUUUUUUCUCUAGUUCUCUUAUCUCAUUAUUCUGAUGUACUUGAAAGUGCUUUACAGCAUCUUAGUGACAGUGCAUAUGAUCUUGCCAGAAAACGAAUUGACAGUACAUUACAAAUGGAUUUUGUUACAGAAGCGAAUAAAGAAGGUUCUUGUGAAAUGUUAUGGGCAGUUUUAGCUGCUCUUAAUUCUUGA